GUAUCAUUACAUUGCGAAUACUAUAUAUGAACAACUUUUCUCUGCACAUUGCUAGAGAGAGGAACAAAAAUCGGAGUGUUAGAGAGAGAGAGAGAGAGAUCUAUGCAAUCGAACAAAAGGCCUUCGUUUCGAUUCAAAAGUGGUGGUGUAGAAACAAAAAUCGGAUUGGAUUUUUCUGAAUGUUAUUAUGAUUAUUAUGAGCUGGAUUAAUAAACUGCGACGUUCUUCAAAUUUCAGCCGCUUCAUUGCCGGCCUUUUGCUCUUCCUUCUUUAUCAUUCUCUUCAAUUGAUUUCUAAUUUCCCCAUUCCUAUGCACCCGUAAAAUACUAAAAUCAUUCACCGCUGUUCUCCAUCAAUUUGCAUUGUUUGAAUUUUCGACCAAAAAAGGAGUAAAAAUUCGCCGAUUUUCUGGCGUCACCGGUUAAUGGAUCUCAAAAGUGAUGACGACGAUUUGUUCUCGAGCGAUUUCUUUGAUGGCAUUUAUACCCCCAAUGUCGGAAAGCAACACGGUGCAUUGCCUUCUGUCAUUGUUAUUGGUGGCGGUAUAUCAGGGAUUUCUGCUGCGCGUAUGCUUCAAAAUGCCUCUUUUAAGGUAAUCUUGUUGGAGUCGCAAGAUAGAAUUGGCGGGCGUAUUUGCACUGAUUACUCAUUUGGUUGCCCAGUUGACAUGGGAGCAUCAUGGCUACAUGGUGUCUGCAAUGAGAAUCCGUUGUCUCAAGUUAUAAGCCGCUUGGGGCUUACAUUAUAUCGUACAAGUGGUGAGGACUCAGUUUUAUAUGACCAUGAUUUGGAAAGUUAUGCACUCUUCAACAUAAAUGGACAUCAAGUUCCACAAAGCAUGGUUAUUAAAGUUCAAGAUACAUUUAAGAAGAUCCUCAAGGAGACUGAUAAAGUGAGGAAUGAACAUAGUGACGACAUGUCCGUGAGGCAAGCGAUAUCGAUUGUGCUGGAGAGGCAUCCGGAAUUGAGACAAGGAGGACUUGCGUAUGAAGUACUGCAGUGGUACAUCUGUAGAAUGGAGGCAUGGUUUGCUGCAGAUGCAGACAUGAUAUCUCUGAAAGCCUGGGAUCAGGAGAAAGUUCUUUCUGGUGGUCAUGGAUUGAUGGUGCAAGGUUAUGACCCUGUGAUAAAGUUCUUGUCAAAAGACCUCGACAUCCGCUUAAAUCACCGGGUUAAAAGGAUUGUCAAUGGAUAUAAGAGAGUGGUUGUUGAGGUUGAGGAUGGGAGGAACUUCGUUGCUGAUGCUGCAAUUAUUACUGUGCCUCUAGGGGUUCUAAAAGGCCACUUAAUUGAGUUUGAGCCUAAGCUGCCUCAAUGGAAGCUUUCUGCAAUAUCAGAUCUUGGUGUGGGCAAUGAGAACAAGAUUGCAUUACGAUUUGACAAUGUUUUCUGGCCAAAUGUAGAAUAUUUGGGUGUAGUUGCACCCACCUCUUAUUACUGUGGUUAUUUUCUCAAUCUCCACAAGGCCACAGGUCAUCCCGUUCUUGUCUAUAUGGCAGCAGGAGCCCUUGCAUAUGACCUGGAGAAGCUAUCAGAUGAAGCUGCUGCAAAUUUUGUAAUGUUACAGCUGAAGAGAAUGUUUCCUGAUGCAUCGGAGCCUGCUCAGUAUCUCGUGUCAUGUUGGGGAUCAGAUCCCAACAUCCUUGGGUGUUAUUCCUAUGAUGCAGUCGGGAAUUCAGACGACAUAUAUGAUCGGCUUCGAGAACCUUUUGGCAAUCUUUUCUUUGGAGGUGAAGCUAUGAGCUUAGAUCAUCAAGGUUCUGUACAUGGUGCCUACUCAGCUGGAGUUAUGGCAGCAGAAAAUUGUCAAAAGCAUCUUAUGCAGAGACUUGGAUGCAUGGAAAGGAUUCCAGUUGUGGCAUUGAGAGAUGAAAUUGUUGAAGUCCCAGUUCCGCUUCAGAUAUCUAGGUUGUGAGAUCAAUGCUCUAGUGUCUGCAUUAUUAUUUUCUUUGACUAGGAAACUUCUUCCAAAUAUACUCUCUUUAUCUUCAAACGGUUAGUUAUGCAAACAGCUAAGACCUUGUUCUGUUUGCCUGAUUAAGCGAAUGUUCAAAUACAAUUUUAAUGCAACAUGGAUGUCAUUAGCUGCAAACGAUGUGGGCAAA